UCCAGAAGCCCGGACGGUCUGAGAUCAGGGGAGGACAGCACGAGAGGAGAAUCUCACUGCACAGGAUCAUCACUUGUUACCGUUGCUGCCACUGGCCCUUUGUUUUUGCUGCCUUUGGCUUGUUUACAGAAUAGAAAGGCAGCACCGUUGCUGUAAUUUGUCAUCCUCGACCCGCACACCCAGCCCGCCUCCCUCAUCUCCAGCGGUUUUGUGCGGUCAUCAACCUGCGCGCUGUCUUGAAUGUGUCGGCCGGCUGCAGCGGUGUUCGCGGUGCUGACCGCCUGCCUCUGCUGCGGUCCGCUUCAGUGCGCGGCGGGGAGAAGCCAGCAGCUCAAUCACCGACCGGUCAUCGGUGUGCUGGCGCAGGAAAACCUCCCAGGAGAUCAGUUUGCUCGCGGUUCCUCUUACAUCGCUGCCUCCUAUGUAAAAUACCUGGAGGGAGCCGGGGCGAGGGUCAUACCCAUCAGAAUCAAUCGCACAGAAGAAGAAUAUGCCAAGAUAUUCUACGCAAUAAACGGGUUGUUGCUGCCUGGAGGAGAUGUAGAUCUUCAGACAUCUGAGUUUAGUCGAGCUGCCAAGAUCUUUUACAACCUGGCACUGAAGGCCAACGAUGCUGGGGACUACUUCCCCAUAUGGGGAACUUGCCAGGGCUUCCAGCAACUGUCUGUCCUCACAGCCAACAAAAACCUGCUCACCCUCACUGAUACCAAGGCUGUGGCUCUACCUCUCACUCUCACACCAGCAGCCCAGUCCAGCCGUCUGUUUCGGAGUUUUCCCAAGGAUCUGCUGCAGUCUCUGGCCGAGGAAAACAUCACUUCAAACUUCCACAGCUGGAGCCUGUCUGUGCAGAACUACAGCCGAAAUGCCAAGCUGAAGAGGUUUUACAAGGUCCUGUCCACUAACAACGAUGGGAAGAAGGAAUUCAUCUCCACCAUGGAAGCCUACCGCUACCCAUUUUAUGCAGUGCAGUGGCAUCCAGAGAAAAGCCCCUUUGAGUGGAUAGAUAAACCUGGAAUGAUUCACUCCACCUCUGCUGUAAGAGCCUGCUUCUACACCGCCAGCUUCUUCGUCUCUGAAGCCAUGAAGAACCAGCACCACUUCUCCAGUCCUGUGGAGGAAGAGAGAGCCCUCAUCUACAACUUCUCUCCUGUCUACAGAGGAAUCCACGCCAUCUUCGUGCAGAACUAUUACUUUGAUUGACGGACAGUACUGAAGACUGCAACGGGCUCGGUCGAGUCGGAAUUUGUCAUUGUUCUAACAUCUUGUCCCAAAUUUAAAACCAGACUUGAUGGCUUCAUCACUUGCAGUGUCCUCAAAGCAGUUUAGCUCAGCUGAUUUGCACAGUAACAUGCAGACAGGACAGAGGUGAAGUGCAGUGAUACUAAUACAAGAAGAAAAUAAGAUAACAUGUUAUAUUUAGAAAUCUCAAAAGAGAACAACUUAAUUAGUUAAGUUGAGCUUAACAGUCUGAGUCAUCACUUUGGCAAGACCACUGAUAAGGACUGCAUUCACCCACUGGGACCAAUGCUUUCCAAAAUCACAGACGUUUCUGCUUUUUGUUUUGUUUUGUU